AUGAGUCGGCGGCGGGCAGAGUCGCAGGGCUCCGUGGGGCCUGAUGAUGAGGCCAUGCCCUACAGCGACGACGAGACGGACGACGAACUGGACGAUAGCUCAGAGGGCGAAGCAGAAGAGCCUGAUAUGCCUCACCCCCCGGUGGACAUGAGGCCAAGUGAAAUGGGCUGGAAGGUGAAGGCCAACGACCGGCCCUACCACCAGUUGCCCGAAUUUCAGAAAAAAGUCUUCCUUUGCAUAAAGAAGAGCAGAUACUCGGGAAAUGCCAUUAAGACAUACAAGUACAACGUCCUCACCUUCCUCCCACUGAACCUGUACGAGCAGUUUAAGAGAGCAGCCAACCUCUACUUCCUGGCUCUGCUUAUCCUGCAGAUCAUUCCAGAUAUCUCCACUCUGCCCUGGUACACCACACUGGUUCCUUUGGUCGUGGUGUUGGGGGUCACUGCCAUAAAAGACUUGGUGGACGAUCUGGCACGUCACAGGAUGGAUAAAGAGAUCAACAACAGGAAGUCUGAGGUCCUGUUAGAUGGCAGGUUUCAGGAGUCAAAAUGGAUGAAUAUCCAGGUUGGAGAUGUGGUCCGCCUCAAGAAAAACGACUUUAUUCCGGCUGACAUCUUGUUGUUAUCCAGCUCCAACCCGAACACCUUAAUCGAAUGCGAGGAACCAAACAACCGUCUGGACAAGUUCAUGGGGACCAUGCUGUGGGAUAGCGAGCGCUACCCGCUGGAGCUGGACAACAUGUUGCUCAGAGGCUGCAAGAUCAGAAACACGGAGUGGUGCCACGGGCUGGUCAUCUACGCAGGGGCUGACACCAAAAUCAUGAGGAACGGUGGCAAGACCAGGUUCAAGAGGACCAAAAUAGAUGAGCUGAUGAACUACAUGGUUUAUACGAUCUUUGCUCUGCUCAUCCUCGUGGCGGCCGGUCUGGCCAUCGGUCACAGCUUCUGGUACGCGGAAAUUGGCUCCAAGGCGUGGUAUCUUUUCGACAACAAAAACCACAACUCCGACUACAGAGGCUUCCUCAGCUUCUGGGGAUACAUUAUCGUCCUCAACACCAUGGUGCCCAUUUCGCUCUACGUCAGUGUGGAGGUGAUCCGUCUGGGCCAGAGUAAAUUCAUCAACUGGGACCUCCAAAUGUAUUUUCCAGAGAAAGACACUGCAGCAAAGGCUCGGACCACCACCCUGAACGAGCAGCUGGGCCAGAUCCAGUACAUCUUCUCAGAUAAGACGGGGACUCUGACACAGAACGUCAUGCAGUUCAAGAAGUGCACCAUCGCUGGCCGGAGCUACGGUACAGACGCACUUUAUUUCCCUGAAACGCACCAAACAAGGGUCCACGGGGAAGUUGGUCCAGUCCCAGAUGCAAAAUAA